UGCGCGCGCGCGCGCGCGCGCGGGGUGCGUGAGCGCGCGGGCCUGCCCAUUUUCCUCCUCUCAGCAGUCAGUCUGUUGGGAGCUGGAGGGAAGGGAAGGAGUCGCAGCAAGCGAGAAACCGGAGAGGAGCCGAGAGCCCUCUGCACAGGCGCCGUUGCUUGGAGGAGCAAGGUGCCUCCCAGCCCGCAAGGGCGCAGUGCACUAGCCAGCGGUCUCUUCCGUGGCUUUGCCCCGGGACUGCACCUGGAGGCCGCCCCGGACUGGGAUGGUCAGCGUCUGGCGCACUGGAGGGACAUUGUAAAGGCACCAUGGCGCUGAUGCCCUGGAGGGGGUCCUCAGUAGGGCUCCUCCGGCCGGAGCUCUGGCUGCUGCUGUGGGCAGCCGCGUGGCGCCUGGGUGCCACGGCGUGCCCUGCCCUCUGCACCUGCACCGGUACCACGGUGGAUUGCCACGGCACGGGGCUGCAGGCUAUCCCCAAGAACAUCCCACGGAACACGGAGCGCCUGGAGCUCAAUGGCAACAACAUCACUCGGAUCCAUAAGAAUGACUUUGCAGGGCUCAAGCAGCUGCGAGUGCUGCAGCUGAUGGAGAACCAGAUUGGAGUGGUUGAACGGGGGGCUUUCGACGACAUGAAGGAGCUGGAACGGCUGCGACUGAACCGGAACCAGCUGCACGCGCUCCCAGAACUGCUGUUCCAGAACACCCAGGCGCUGUCGAGGCUGGACCUGAGUGAGAACGCCAUCCAGGCUAUCCCCAGGAAGGCUUUUCGUGGAGCUACAGACCUCAAAAACUUACAGCUGGACAAGAACCAGAUCAGCUGCAUCGAGGAAGGGGCUUUCCGGGCCCUUCGGGGGCUGGAGGUGCUGACGCUGAACAACAACAACAUCACCACCAUCCCCGUGUCCAGCUUCAACCACAUGCCCAAGCUACGCACCUUCCGCCUGCACUCCAACCACCUGCUCUGCGACUGCCACCUGGCCUGGCUCUCGCAGUGGCUGAGGCAGCGGCCAACCAUCGGGCUCUUCACCCAGUGCUCAGGCCCCACCAGCCUGCGCGGCCUCAACGUGGCCGAGGUCCAGAAGAGCGAGUUCAGCUGCGCAGGCCAGGGCGAGGCAGGGCACGCGCCCUCCUGCACCCUCUCCUCCGGCUCCUGCCCGGCCAUGUGCACCUGCAGCAAUGGCAUUGUGGACUGUCGUGGCAAAGGCCUCACUGCCAUCCCCGCCAACCUGCCCGAGACCAUGACAGAGAUCCGCCUGGAGCUCAAUGGAAUCAAGUCCAUCCCCCCGGGAGCCUUCUCUCCCUACAGAAAACUGCGGAGGAUAGACCUGAGCAACAACCAGAUCGCAGAGAUCGCUCCUGAUGCCUUCCAGGGCCUCCGCUCCCUGAACUCGCUGGUCCUCUAUGGGAACAAGAUCACAGACCUCCCCCGGGGUGUGUUCGGAGGCCUGUACACCCUACAGCUCCUGCUCUUGAAUGCCAACAAGAUCAACUGUAUCCGGCCCGACGCCUUCCAGGACCUGCAGAACCUCUCCCUUCUCUCCCUGUACGACAACAAGAUCCAGAGUCUCGCCAAGGGCACCUUCACCUCCCUGAGGGCCAUCCAGACCCUGCACCUGGCCCAGAACCCUUUCAUCUGUGACUGUAACCUCAAGUGGCUGGCGGACUUUCUGCGCACCAACCCCAUCGAGACGAGCGGAGCCCGCUGCGCCAGCCCCGGGCGCCUCGCCAACAAGCGCAUUGGGCAGAUCAAGAGCAAGAAGUUCCGGUGCUCAGCCAAGGAGCAGUACUUCAUUCCAGGCACAGAGGAUUACCAGCUGAACAGUGAAUGCAACAGCGAUGUGGUCUGUCCCCACAAGUGCCGCUGCGAGGCCAGCGUGGUGGAAUGCUCCAGCCUGAAGCUCACCAAGAUCCCUGAGCGCAUCCCCCAGUCCACGGCCGACCUACGGUUAAACAACAACGAGAUUUCCAUCCUGGAGGCCACUGGCAUGUUUAAAAAACUCACGCAUCUGAAGAAAAUCAAUCUGAGCAACAACAAGGUGUCAGAAAUCGAAGACGGGGCCUUCGAGGGCGCUGCCUCUGUGAGCGAGCUGCACCUGACCGCCAACCAGCUGGAGUCCAUCCGGAGUGGCAUGUUCCGAGGCCUGGAUGGCUUGAGGACCCUGAUGCUGAGGAACAAUCGUAUCAGCUGCAUCCACAACGACAGCUUCACGGGCUUGCGCAACGUCCGCCUCCUCUCGCUGUAUGACAACCAGAUCACCACCAUCUCCCCGGGAGCCUUCGACACCCUGCAGGCCCUCUCUACCCUAAACCUUCUGGCCAAUCCUUUCAACUGCAACUGCCAGCUGGCCUGGCUGGGUGACUGGCUGCGGAAGAGGAAGAUUGUGACAGGGAACCCGCGGUGCCAGAACCCAGACUUCUUGCGGCAGAUCCCCCUGCAGGACGUGGCCUUCCCUGACUUCCGGUGUGAGGAAGGCCAGGAGGAGGGGGGCUGCCUGCCGCGCCCCCAGUGCCCCCAGGAAUGUGCCUGCCUGGACACGGUGGUCCGAUGCAGCAACAAACACCUGCAGGCCCUGCCCAAGGGCCUCCCCAAGAAUGUCACAGAGCUCUACUUGGAUGGGAACCAGUUCACACUGGUUCCGGGGCAGCUGUCCACCUACAAGUACCUGCAGCUUGUGGACCUAAGUAACAACAAGAUCAGUUCCUUAAGCAAUUCCUCCUUCACCAACAUGAGCCAGCUGACCACUCUGAUCCUCAGCUACAACUCCCUCCAGUGCAUCCCUCCGCUGGCCUUCCAGGGCCUGCGCUCCCUGCGUCUGCUGUCCCUGCACGGCAACGACAUCUCCACCCUCCCAGAGGGCAUCUUCGCAGACGUGACCUCCCUGUCUCACCUGGCCAUUGGUGCCAACCCCCUGCACUGUGACUGCCACCUCCGCUGGCUGUCCAGCUGGGUGAAGACCGGCUACAAGGAGCCAGGCAUUGCCCGCUGCGCUGGGCCCCCAGACAUGGAGGGCAAGCUGCUCCUCACCACGCCUGCCAAGAAGUUUGAAUGCCAAGGUGCCCCCACUCUGGCUGUCCAGGCCAAGUGUGAUCCCUGCUUGUCCAGCCCGUGCCGGAACCAGGGCAGCUGCCACAAUGAUCCCCUUGAAGCGUACAGGUGUACCUGCCCCGGCGGCUACAAGGGCCGAGACUGUGAGGUGUCCCUGGACAGCUGUGCCAGUGGCCCCUGUGAAAACGGUGGGACCUGCCACGCCCAGGAGGGCGAGGGUGCCGGCUUCAUGUGCUCCUGUCCGGCUGGCUUCGAAGGACCCACCUGCGGGGUGAACACCGACGACUGUGUGGCGCACACGUGUGCCAAUGGGGGCAUCUGUGUGGACGGUGUGGGCAACUACACGUGCCGGUGCCCUGUGCAGUACUCGGGAAGGGCCUGUGAGCAGCUUGUAGACUUCUGCUCCCCAGAGCUGAACCCGUGUCAGCACAAGGCCCAGUGCGUGGGCACCCCGGAUGGGCCCAGGUGUGAGUGCCCACCAGGCUACGCAGGCGACAACUGCAGUGAGAACCUGGAUGACUGCGGGGCUCACCGCUGCCAGAACGGGGCCCAGUGCGUCGACGAAGUGAACGGCUACUCCUGCCUCUGCGCGGAGGGCUACAGUGGGAAGCUCUGUGAGGUGCCUCCCCAGCCACCUGCCCCCAGGGGCCCCUGCGAGGGGAUGGAGUGCCAGAACGGGGCCAGCUGCGUGGACCAGGGCAGCCAGGCCGUGUGCCAGUGCCUCCCGGGCUUUGGCGGCCCCGAGUGUGAGAAGCUGCUCAGCGUCAACUUCGUGGAUCGGGACACCUAUCUGCAGUUCACUGACCUGCAGAACUGGCCGCGGGCCAACAUCACGCUCCAGGUCUCCACGGCAGAGGACAACGGGAUCCUGCUGUACAACGGGGACAAUGACCACAUUGCAGUGGAGCUGUAUCAGGGCCAUGUCCGUGUCAGCUACGACCCUGGCAGCUACCCCAGCUCUGCCAUCUACAGUGCUGAGACGAUCAAUGACGGGCAGUUCCACACUGUUGAGUUGGUCACCUUUGACCAGAUGGUGAAUCUCUCCAUUGAUGGCGGGAGUCCCAUGACCAUGGACAACUUUGGCAAACACUACACACUGAACAGCGAGGCCCCCCUUUACGUGGGAGGGAUGCCGGUGGACGUGAACUCGGCCGCCUUCCGCCUGUGGCAGAUGCUCAAUGGCAGCAGCUUCCACGGGUGCAUCCGAAACCUGUACAUCAACAACGAGCUGCAGGACUUCACCAAGACGCGGAUGAAGCCGGGCGUGGUGCCCGGCUGCGAGCCCUGCCGGAAGCUGUACUGCCUGCACGGCAUCUGCCAGCCCGACGCCAGCCCAGGGCCCGUGUGCCACUGCGAGGCUGGCUGGGGGGGCCUGCACUGCGACCAGCCGGCUGACGGCCCCUGUCAUGGCCACAAGUGUGUCCACGGGAAGUGCGUGCCCCUGGAUGCUCUUUCCUACAGCUGCCAGUGCCAGGAUGGGUACUCAGGGGCCCUGUGCAACCAGGCCAGGGCGCCCGCAGACCCGUGUGGGGGCCUGCGGUGCCUGCAUGGCCACUGCCAGGCCCUGGCCACCAAGGGGGCACACUGCGUGUGUGACCCUGGCUUUUCGGGCGAGCUUUGUGAGCAAGGGUCCGAGUGCCGGGGGGACCCUGUCCGGGACUUUCACCAGGUCCAGAGGGGCUAUGCCAUCUGCCAGACCACGCGCCCGCUGUCGUGGGUGGAGUGCCGGGGCUCGUGCCCGGGCCGGGGCUGCUGCCGGGGCCUGCGGCCGAAGCGGAGGAAGUUCACCUUUGAGUGCAGCGAUGGGACCUCCUUUGCUGAGGAGGUGGAGAAGCCCACCAAGUGUGGCUGUGCCCUCUGUGCAUAGCGCCCAGUGCCGACGGGGAGGGGGAGGGCCGGCAAGAAGCAUGGCCACCAGGAGACCCAGGCCAUGACCAAGGUGGCUCCUGGGUGGCUGGACCCUCCUGGGUGGGCUGGGUCCCACUUCUCAGGGGCCAGGCAGCUUUUCUCCAGCCGACCUCAAGCAGCCGGGGGCCGAGUGGGUGGGCGAGGCGCGGCUGCAGACCGCCCUCUCCAGAAGUGCCUUGCACAGAUAGGCGCUCAACAGAUUUUUGUUAAAUGAACGUGUGCAUGCGGUCAGGCCAAGAAGUGCAGAACAGUGACACUCCCUCCUUGUCUGCUACCUGGGUCUGAGGAAGGGACCGGCUUCAUCCCAAACCAGCCUUUCCCUCGAGUGUGUGGCCCACACUGGCCCCAGAAUCCCUUAACCCCUGCAGAUAACCUCAAAGGACUCUCAGCCUCCCACCCUGGCUCUGUGCGCCUUCUGCUACACAGGUUCUGCGGGCAGCCCGCCAGGUGUGGAGGGGAAGGGCCCCUCCUGCUGGCCAGAGAGGGACUGACCCUUACCUCUGGACUGAUUGGCAGGCAGAGCACCCUCAGGACCGAGGCUGGAGGUGGAGGUGGGUCUUAGGACCAAACCUCUGAACCCUGAAGUUCUGAGAUGACCAUUGUAGCUCCAAGGAGGGGACUCACGUGGAGGAAAUGGUCACUUGGAAUGCAGGACCCACUCCACCAGAAAUGACAGGGGGUUGUUGGUUUCAGCAGUAUCAACACCAUCACUUCCAGACACUAGCCACCAAAGGGGCAUUGGUCCUGAGCUUGCUCAGCUGCGCGGGGCCUGCCCCCGAGGAGAUGGGGUUCAGAGCCCCUCACGCUGCAGACCAGCAGGGAACUGUGGUCUGGGCACCAGGAAACCUCCGAGGGCUCUGUUGCUCUGCAGAGUUCUUCCCCGUGGACCUCGGUCUCCUCAGCUCGCACACAGGGAGGUGGGACGACUAGAGCAAUGGAGGCCCUCCCACUGUGGCCCCAGGAGGGCGGCCGCAGGAAUUAGAAAUCCAUCUUCAUUAAUCACAUCAAUGAGUAUUCAUGUGCCUGACCGGGGCUGGGUACUGUGGGUGUUCUGCCCUCGUGGACACAUGCCAACCAAUCACAGUGCAUCACAGGGUGACCAGGGUGCCCCGGGAAGAAAGCCAGGCCAGACAAGGGCUCCAACUAUAGGCAUAGCCACGGCCUCGGCUGGAGCGGUGCCCCACAGGCUGUUUGCAAGGAAGGACUUGGUGUUCGAAGUGUCACUGAAUACCAGACCGUGUGGCUAGAUACUUCAAUCCCGUGCAGAAUGAAAAUGUAGAAAGAUUACCUUUGAGCCUAAAUAGCGAGUUGGCUGGAAGACAGGUCACACCCUCCUGUCUCAGGUGUCUCCCUGGACAGUGUACUCCUGGGGAGUGCUGGUGGGCCAGGGCGGUGAGCCCACCUUUUCUAGGCUCCUUCCAGCUGCAGCCAGAAGGCAGGGUAGGGGGAGUGAAUGGAUGGGGUUGGGGUGGUGUGUGCCUGUGUCCUCAGCCGCUGUGGCAGGGCGGGGACGGGGGCGGGGGGUGAGGGCCUUGCUGCUGAGUAGUAGAGGGCAGUGUGACUCUGGGUGCCUGGCAUGUUCCAUGACCUUGGUCUCAGGCCGGAGGGUGUGAGUCCCGGGACCCCUGUAAUGGAAAGAGGAUCCUGUUCUGCCCAGUUGGGGAGGAUCUGUCCCUCACCAGGCACUGGGCUCUAGUUCCUUGUAGCCCUGAGCAAGGCCAUGGUGCCCCUGCCCCCUGUGGCCAGCAGCGUGGGCCUCGCUGCAGAGCAUCCCUCUUACCUAGAUUUCCUGAGCCCCUGAGGGACUCCGGAGAACAGCCAGUACCAGGCUGCACAGGCAGGAAAGCUGAAGUGUAGCUAGUUUGUCCCUUGGAACAGGGGUGUUCUUGAACCCACCUGUCCUGAGGAAUGGACCCUCCCCUGGCCACUGCCACCUCCUGCUGCCUUGGAGAAGCAGUUUUCCUGGGCGCGAGGGGACCUGGACAGGCAGAAGUUUCUUUGCAGAAAGCAGGACACCUGCAGACAGGUGAUGGCUGCCAGGAUCCAUGCAGCCCCAGUGCGACAGGCUGGGGAGGGCAGGUGGGGGGCACCCCGUGAGCUCGCUGCUGGCCCCUCCACAAUGCCCAUUGCCCCAGCCCAGCUCCACACUCAUCCCUGGUGGAGCCGCAAGAUCGGGAGCCAGCACGAGGGUGAGGGCAGCAAGGAGCUGAGAGAGCCUUGCGCCCUAGGACCAAAUUUUCCUCAAGUUAGCCACCCACCUGCAAGUUAAGGGCCCCGAUCCCACUCAUCUGGCUGUUCACACUGGGGCCCUCUGAGUCCCGGAAGGCUACCAUGAUGUCAUCUGUCUGAGAAGUCAUCUCCACACCUUGCCAUCCCCUUGGUGAAGACCUUUAGUUCCCUUUGACGUCGCCAUGGGCUGUUUCCAUUCAAUACGCACCGAAGAGACGCAAGCAGGCGAGUCCCAAGGACGCUGCCGCUCUGGUGGCUCCGCGGAGGACAGCGGCCCGGGCCCCCCGCGGAGGGGUCUGGCGGUGGAACAUGCCAGAUGGACUCAUCUCCUCCCCGCCUGCUGUUAGCCUAACCACGAAAGUAUCUCUUUAUACAGAAUACUUAACAGAUUCUAAUAUAUAUUUGUAUUUCAUUUUGUUAUAGUAUUUUUAUAUGUUAAAGUCAACACCCAGUGUCUCGUUUGAUUUGCAGAUGCUCCGUAGCUGUGACAUUCUGUUUGGGGGUUUCUGUAGCCUUGUUUGGGUCACUCUUUUACAGAGACUGGUUUAGAACAGGCCCAGGAGGGAGCCACACCUGCCCUUUGCUAGACGUGUUGUUUUAGAACAUGUUGAAUAUUGUCUGUUGUCUUCCACAUGAACAUGACAUUGAUCCACUCAG